UCCGCUGCUGUCCCGUAGCGGACUAACGUCGACAUGGCGGUUACGCUGAGGCUCUUGCUGGGCGGCCGCGUUCGCGCUGCCGUUGCUCGCUGUGGGUUUGCGACCCGGGGAGUGGCGGGCCCAGGCCCUAUCGGCCGAGAGCCGGACCCCGAUACCGACUGGGAGCCAGAGGAACGGGAGCUGCAGGAGGUGGAGAGCACCCUGAAGCGACAGAAAAAAGCAAUCCGAUUCCAGAAAAUACGAAGGCAAAUGGAGGCGCCUGGUGCUCCGCCCAGAACCCUGACGUGGGAGGCCGUUGAGCAGAUCCGGUAUUUACAUAAGGAAUUUGCAGAGUCCUGGUCAGUUCCCAGGUUGGCUGAAGGCUUUGAUGUCAGCACUGAUGUGAUCCGAAGAGUUUUAAAAAGCCGGUUUGUACCAACAUUGAAGCAGAAGCUGAAGCAGGAUCAAAAAGUCCUUAAGAAAGCUGGUCUUACCCACUCGCUCCAGCAGCUCCAGGACUCUGGAAAUACCUCGAAGCCGCUCCCUGCAGGCUACUCUGCAUCAGGCUCUUUGCCUAAACCAGGGCAUGAAGCCUCAUCCAAAGACCCAGAUCACAGUACAGCUUUGAACGUGAUAGAGUCAAACACUCAUAGGGCAGAUACACCAAGGAGAUGGAAGGGCAGGAAUAAAGGAAUCCAGGAGCUGGAGGAGAGCUUUGUACCUGUUGCUGCACCCCUAGGUCAUCAGAGAGAGCUGCAGAAGUACUCCAGUGAUUCUGAGAGCACCAGAAGAGCUGGCUAUGGUGUGUUGCCAAGUGAUCAGAAGCUGGCGGAGUUGAAGGCAGAGGAGCCAGGUAACUUCAGCAGCAAAGUAGUGCAGAGGGGGCGAGACUUUUUCGACAGCAAUGGGAACUUCCUGUACAGAGUUUGAGUCGAGGCUUGGCUUGUGGAGAUGCCUCGUGAAGUAUAGCAAGGCAAAUAUUAACGUAUAUGGAGCAGACUGGAUUUCUAUGUGUGGAUAAGCCAGCUUGGAAUAGGAAGAAGUGAUGAGCCUGGACUGUGGGAGGAAAAAGCUGCGUAGAUAGAGGGAAGCUUCCUGUAGUAGUUCUUCCAGUUAAACUGCUGUAGAUCUUCAGUACUCAGUCUUCUUGCUUGGGCUGUCUGUAUGUUGAAAACCAGCCCGUGUGCAUGCGUUAUUAACAUUUUCUGUGGUACUUGCAAUAUAUGUUUGAGAGGAACUAAAAGGUUUUACCUUCUGACCUCAUUUCAUUCUUGGUCAGUGAACACUAACAGUUUUGGGACAGCUUAGUCACUUGGUUUUCCUUAUGAGCAAAAUAAAGUAAAAUGUAGCAGUC